GGUGCUGCCGGAGCCCCCCCAGGCUCAGCUCCCCCCCCCCACCCCCCAGGGACCAUGCGAAGGAGCCGGACGGCGCUGCCCUUCCUGAGUGCGGAGCGCUGUCGCGACGCCGCCGAGGCCGCCCCGUCGGGACCUGGACCGGGGCCGGUGUCGGGCGCCGUUCGCCGCCGUUUCUCCGGGACCCCGCUGCUGCCGCCGCUGGGCUGCCGGGGGGCAGAGCCCGAGGCCCCCCGCGUGGUGUUCACCAUCGAGGAGAGCGGCCCCAGCAGCGGCGACGAGGCCGAGCCCCCCCGGUAAGAACGCGGCGGGAGGCGGCUCCGGUACCGGGGGGUGGCCGAGGUCAGCUCCGCGCCUCCAGCGGGGCCGGGGAGGU